GGGCGGUGAGGGCCGCGGCCCGGCGGGAUGGGGGAUGGCUGUCUCGCUGUCUCAAUUUCUCUCUCAGGAAAAGCCUGGUGGAGCCGGGGUGGAAACGAUGGAAGCGGGUCCCAUCGUGACGUCCAAGCAGCGAGAGGCGGUGGUGCACGGGGUGCCGACCGAGGUGGUGUGCACGGCCUUCUCCAACUCGGUCCUCGUGGUGGUCACACAGUACGGCAAGAUGGGCACCAUCGUCUACGUGGACCCCAACACCAUCGCUGACAACGUGGGCAGGCCCUCGCUCACCACGAAGGUGCUGCUGGGCAAGGAUGAGGUCUGUUUUCCCACCCCUAUCCUCCCCAGUCUAUGCCAUCCCCAUAAUGGACUUUAGUUGCCCACUCCCAAGUUUGCCUGCCAGCACCUUCCCUUGAUAAAGUUUAAUUUGUUUUGCUUCAACAAAAUGAGGUUUUAAUCGACCAUUUCACAAAGCUAGAGAGAAAGCAGAAGCAAAUAUGUUUCACAAAGCAUGGUCAAACAUUAAAAGAGAACGUUACAGAACUACAAGAUUGUGAGGCUUUCCAUUAGGGUUGAAGUUAUCACAUAUUACUUGCAAGCUUUAACUAGAAAAGAUGUAGCAACACAAGUUCCUGAUUCUAUCAGGAUUUCCCCUUAUGGAGUUCUUUCUCUUGAGCAAUAGCAUUCCCAUUUUGAAUGGGAGAUAUGCUUUCUCUGCUUUGAUAUCUGCUAUUGCUGACCACCUCUACUCCCAAGCUUAUUUUGUGUUUUAUUUAGAAACAGGAAGUGCUAUGUUUAUUUUGUUCCAUUCUAUUUUUAAAUAAUUUUAGCUAACUUAACUGAUCUUUAAACUUCAAUAAAAGACUCACUAGUUUGCUGCUUUCCUGUUUGUCACUGUUAACACCCUUCUUUGGGAUGUUACACACCAAACAGCAACUAAAAUCAAGCAAUCUCAUCCUUCUGACAGAUAGACAUCUGUGGGUGUAAAUGAAACCAAGCUGGGUGGUUCGAAGCUGUGCUGGGUGAGGUUGAGACUGUACAUUAGAAAACACCUCUUCACCAAGAGGGUGGUCAGACACUGGAACAGACUUGAGGUGGUUGAUGCUCUGAGCCUGUCAGUGUUUAAGAGCCAUUUGGACAAUCCUCUGAAUAAUAUUCUAACCUGGUCAGCUCUGAGUUGAUCAGGCAGUUGGACUAGAUGUUGUUGUAGGUGUCUUCCAGGUAAAAUAGUCAUUGCUGUUCUGAUCUUUUCGUGCUAAAGAAACCUCAUGGAAAAGGUUAUAUCCUUUUUUUUGCUUCCUUCAGCCUCAUGAUUAUUUCUGGUUUUCAUUAUUCUAUUAAA